CUCCUUCAACGACCCGAGCACGCACCAAGCCCUGUGGAAAUUUUUGCUGUAGAAAGUAGAAACACACAGAGAUCUAGCUCAAGAGCUUCCUCAAUUUUCCAAUGGCAACGGACAGAGAGAGAGAUUAAGGUUUGGAUCAAUCAAUCUGAUAUAUAUAUAUAUAUAUAUAGAGAGAGAGAGAGAGAGAGAGAGAGAGAGAUGGACGUGGAGAGGUCGUCGCUGUGUAAUUGCGCGGUGAACUUUCUGUUGGAGGAGAGGUACUUGUUGACGGCAUUCGAGCUGCUCCACGAGCUCCUCGACGAUGGCCGAGACGCCCAGGCGAUUCGCCUCAAGGAAUUCUUUUCCAAUCCCUCUCAGUUCCCUCCCGACCAGAUCUCUCGCUUCAACUCUCUACGAGUUGCUGACCCUCAGAGUUUGCUAGAAGAGAAAGAAGCAAUAGAAGAAAAAUUAGCAAUCAGUGAGUAUGAGCUUCGUUUAGCCCAAGAGGACAUCUUGAAAUAUAAGGCUGAAUUACAGAAGAAAGCAGAGAUACCUCUGGAUGAAUUGAGCGAUUCAAAUAUAAAUGUUUCUGUAAAUAAUGGACCAGAAUUUCAAUGGAAAAAGAGAAAUUCUUCCUUCUCUGAUUUGGGUCCUUUGAAGGAUAAUGAACGUCGAGAUCUUAAUUGUGCUGUAAAGGAAUAUUUGCUUAUAGCAGGGUAUCCGCUCACUGCAAUGACAUUUUAUGAAGAGGUCACAGAUCAGAACCUAGAGGUUUGGCAGAAUACACCUGCAUGUGUACCAGAUGCCUUGCGACAUUAUUAUUAUCAGUACCUUUCGUCCACUACAGAGGCUGCUGAGGAGAAAAUUGCCAUGCUUCGAGAAAAUGAGUCAUUGCUAAAAGAAAAUGAGAGGCUUAAUCAUGAAAAGGAGUUGUUAUUAAAGAACAGAGACUUGGCUGAUGGUCAAAUAAGUGCAUUAACUAAAUCCUUAGAAGCACUUCAGAAGGAUCUCAAAGACAAAGAGAACCUGGUACAUGAUUUGAAGCAGUCCUUGGAGCACAAGCGGAAGGAAUUGAAUGAUUGCAGAGCUGAAAUCACUGCACUGAAAAUGCACAUAGAAGGAUCUCAUUGGGGACGGAAUUUAAUAGCUGGUGAUGUUGAUCAUGUGCAAUCCCAGCCUUUGGAAAAAUACAAGGAAGAAAUAAUAUCACUGCAGAUGGAAAUAGAAAGUUUGAAAGCGAAAAACAUUAGUUCUGAUUCUGUAAAUUCCAUUGAUUCUGAGAAAGAAUCUGCACAGACAGAAGAGAAAGUUGUUGAGAUACUUGAAGAUAAAAGCAUCAUAUCUCAUCCAGGUGAUGCAUCAUCCGGAGUUGUGGACAAUAAAGUUGCUCAAUUACAGGCUACUCAAAUUUUGGAUGACAACAUGGAUAAAUCUGAGGAAGUUUCACAAGAGUUUCUAAUGAGUCCGUCAGAUGAUAAUGAUGAUUUGGAAAACAUUGAAAAUGUUUCCAAACAAAAUGGUGAACCACUAUCAGAAGAAAGCAGGCUACUUCUAAAAUCAGACAAUUCAUCUGGUCAAGCUGUUCCUGAAAAUACGGGCAUAGGAACCAUACAGAUCUUGGCAGAUGCCUUGCCUAAGAUUGUACCUUACGUCUUGAUCAACCAUCGUGAGGAACUUCUUCCACUGAUAAUGUGUGCAAUUGAACGCCAUCCAGAUAGCAGCACAAGGGAUUCCUUGACCCACACAUUGUUUAAUUUAAUAAAACGCCCAGAUGAGCAACAGAGACGAAUUAUAAUGGAUGCAUGUGUUGACCUUGCUAAGAAUGUUGGAGAGAUGAGAACAGAAACAGAAUUGCUUCCCCAGUGCUGGGAACAAAUAAAUCACAUGUAUGAGGAGCGUAGGUUGCUUGUUGCUCAAUCAUGUGGAGAGCUUGCAGAAUUUGUCCGGCCUGAGAUUCGUGAUUCUCUUAUUUUGUCUAUUGUGCAACAACUGAUAGAAGAUUCUGCAACUGUUGUCCGGGAAGCUGCUGCUCAUAAUCUCGCUUUGCUGCUUCCGCACUUUCCGAAUGUGGAUAAAUAUUUCAAGGUGGAGGAGCUCAUGUUCCAAUUGGUCUGUGAUCCUUCUGGAGUAGUAGUGGAAACUACGCUCAAAGAACUACUUCCUGCAGUAAUAAAUUGGGGAAGCAAAUUAGACCAUGUUUUAAGAGUUUUACUUUCUCAUAUUGUGAGCGCUGCUCAGCGCUGUCCACCUCUUUCGGGGGUUGAAGGGUCUGUGGAAUCCCAUCUUCGUGUUUUGGGAGAAAGAGAGCGCUGGAAUAUUGAUGUUUUACUAAGAGCAUUGACAGAAUUGCUUCCGUAUAUGUGCCAGAAAGCACAUGAGACAUGCCCAUUUUCUUCUAUUCCUGAAACAACAGGAACAGCAUUUUCAACCUCCUUGAUUGAAUUGUAUGCAGAGGGACAUGUUGAAUGGCCUGCAUUCGAAUGGAUGCAUGUUGACUGCUUUCCAGACUUGAUUAAACUAGCAUGCUUGUUACCUCAGAAAGAAGAUAAUUUACGAAAUCGAACUACUAAGUUUUUGUUGGCUCUAUCUGAACAAUUUGGGGAUUCUUAUCUCACACACAUAAUGCUGCCUGUAUUUUUGGUAGCAGUUGGGGAUAAUGGUGAUUUGACAUUUUUCCCUUCCAGCAUCCAAUCAAGAAUAAAGGGUUUGAGACCAAGAACUGCAGUGGCCGAGAAACUCGCUAUUAUGUGUGUCCUACCACUACUCUUAGCAGGUGUUUUGGCUGCUCCUAACAAGCAUGGGCAAUUAGCAGAGUACUUAAGAAAGCUGUUAGUUGAAGGUAGCAUGGAGGAAAGUAUGCCAACAAAGCGCAAUGAGAUUGUCAAUGCUGUCCGUUUCCUUUGCACAUUUGAAGAACAUCACGGUAUGAUAUUUAACAUUCUAUGGGAAAUGGUUGUGAGCUCCAACGUGAAUAUGAAAAUCAGUGCUGCCAAUCUGUUGAAAGGCAUUGUGCCGUAUGUUGAUGCAAAAGUUGCUUCUGCUCACAUUUUGCCUGCCCUAGUUACUCUGGGCUCUGACCAAAACCUAAAUGUGAAGUAUGCAAGCAUUGAUGCGUUUGGAGCUGUGGCCCAGCAUUUUAGAAAUGAUAUGAUUGUCGAUAAGAUACAUGUACAAAUGGAUGCUUUUCUUGAAGAUGGAUCUCAUGAAGCUACUAUUGCUGUAGUUCGUGCACUGGUGGUUGCUGUACCACAUACGACAGAAAGAUUACGAGAUUAUCUUUUGUCCAAGAUUUUCCAACUCUCAGCCAUGCCAAAUUCUGCAAGUGAUGUCCUGCGUCGCCGUGAGAAAGCAAAUGCAUUUUGUGAGGCAAUCCGUGCUCUGGAUGCUACAGAUCUCCCAGCGACUAGUGUUAGAGACUUCCUCCUACCUGCCGUUCAGAACCUGUUAAAAGACUCGGAUGCGCUUGAUCCAGCACACAAGGAAGCCCUUGAAAUCAUAAUGAAGGAAAGAUCAGGUGGAACUCUGGAGACGAUCAGUAAGGUAAUGAAUGCCCAUCUUGGCCUUGCCUCAUCAGUGAGCAGUUUCUUUGGUGAGGGUGGGCUGUUGGGCAAGAAAGAAAGUGCAGAGCCACCGCAAGAGCCAGUUGAGUCCCCAAAGCUGAUGUCACCAUUGCCAGUAGAGGACACUAGAUUCAGGCGUAUCAUGAGGGGCAAUUUCACUGACGUGCUUAGGGCCAAAGUAAAGAGCCAAGAGGAAACUCAGAACCAAUGAAAUUUCCCUAUCAAUGGUCCAGGGAGAUUUUUUUUUUUUCUCUAAUCUCCUAAUACGUCAGGUGACGUGGUUUUUCUACCCAUUGUACGAGGUCGUGAUUGACCGAAGACAGUAACGUUUUAUUCUUUUACUGGUUUCGUUGAGGGACAGCAAGGGACCGGUAGAUUGUAUGCUGCAAUUUUGAUCUUUUGGUUGCGUAUAUAGCACAAAAUCAUAUGAACUUGUCCAGUCUUCA